AUGCCAGCACCACUUGAAGGUUCAAAUGGAAUCCAAUUAAACCCAAAGACAAAACCUACGACGACCAAGAUGAAGCUCGUGAUUAGCCAAGUGCUGACCGAGAAAUUAGAUAAUGUCACGUACCAGUCAGAUCGAGCUGCUGUGUUGACUAAGGAGAUUGCAGAUACUGUCAAGUUACGAUUAAAAGAAUGUAAUUUUCCUCGGUUCAAGUAUGUCGUGCAAGUGGUGAUUGGGGAACAACGAGGCGAGGGCGUGCGACGAGCGAUAGCGAACGUUGAGACGCUUGAAUCACGUCUUUUAGAGCUUCAGAAUGCGCUUGCCGCCGACAAUAUAAAUCGCGUUUUUCAAGAUACCUUCAGCUUUGUUUUGCUCGCAAUAAACGGAGAAAUGAACGCUACAAUGGACAAGUUUCGUGCACGUUGCUCAAUGAUUGAUCCUGUCACAAAGAAUCCACGAUUUGGCCCCAAGAUGAUGGCCAAAGUGAAGGAUAUGUUGCGUCGUUACGACAACGUAAAGCUUGCAAUCCAAGAAGACACGCCGUUACGUCUACAAAUAGAGACAAAGCUUAACGAUCUGAAACAGCAUGAAGAAGAAGCAAAAGAGGCGGAAGCGAUUCGUAAAAAAGAGGCAGAGGAAGAUCAACGAGCUGCAGAACGAGCUGCAGAACAGGACGGGAAAAGACUGGAAGAGGAAGCUCAGGAACGCGAAAUUUUACGCAGAAGGCAAGAGGAAUUAAGGAUACAAAGAUUAGCGGUUGCUGCACAGAAGAAACGGGAGCAACGAGAGAGAGAACGAUUGGAAGAGGAACAACAACGUCAGGAGGAGCAAAAGAAGCGUGAGCUCUUGAAUGCUUCGAUUUCACCUGGAAAAAAGGGUUUAGAACUGGCAAUUGAUUUACUUCGGGAAAGCACGGGCAGUGAGGCACUUUUUCGACAAUCGGUCGAGAAACUUCUAGCUGUAGUCAAUAAUAUCUGCAAGUCACCGGAUAAUACUGCAUUUCGCCAAAUUCCAAAGGAUAAUAUGCACUUUCAUGCUGAUCUCGGGCAAUUUACAGGUGGCUAUCAAUGUUUACUUGCACUCGGGUUUAAAGAGAUGCAACAAGGAGAUGAAAAUGAGCCCAGAUUCGUGUUUGUAAUGGAGGAACCAGAUCUAUCAGAAGAUUUAGAUGCUUGGAGUACUUGGUUUGAUGGCUUAAAGGAGAUGCAAAAUUUUGUUGAGUCAAAGUUGUGA